AUGUCGCCGCAGGGCGCGGAGGCCGCUCCGGGCGCGGUGCCGGGGUCCGGUGCGGCCUCGCCGCGGCCGCUGUUCGGCGGCUGCUGGAGCUGCCGCUUGCUGAGCGGCGCGGGACUGCUGAUGGCCGCCAUCUGGGUGUACCAGGGCCCUCGGAGCGUCAUGAAAAAGGGAAUCCCCCCCUCCAUGGGCGCCAUCGCCCAGAUCACCUUCGCCGCCGGGUUGGGGGCCUGGGGCAUCGUCAUCCUCGCCGACCCCGUGGGCAGCUGGCACCGCAGGAACCCCUGAGGGGAGACCCCAAUAAAGGCGCUGGGACCCCCCCAGAACUCUGCUUUUGGGGAGGGGGCCUCAGGACAAGACAACA